AUGGCUGAAAACAAUGAAAGACCAGUUAACAAAGCAGAUAUUAAGGAUUUAUUAACUAAGAUCAGAACUGAUUUUGUAGAGCCUUAUCAAGAUGAUAAUUUAAAACGUCUACACGAAAUAUCUUCCACGACUGACUUGUCGAAAUCACAAUCGACUCCAGUAGAAGAAUUAUUGAAAUUAUCAAAGUUAAUCAAGGCAUAUUCAACUAAAGUCGGUAUCGUUUGUCAUCCUGAGAAAUUACUUAAUGAUGACAAUGAUAAAGCGGUAUUCACUGAACUUUCAAACUUAACCAAUACUUUAUUUUAUUUCUUCAGUUUAUUACCAUUAUUUUACAAUGAUAAGAAGGAUUCUUAUGCUAAAUUUUUCAUACAACAUUUAGAUAAGGAUGUUUUGAGUCUUCUAAAUGGUCUAUCAAAACUAGUCAAUGAUUUGAUCUCAAUUUUGGAAAAAGAGAACGCUGAUGGAUCUAAAGAAGAUACUGACUCAGAAUCGCUUAUUGAUUCUGAAAACCGCCUACUUUCAAUCGGUAUAAUAUGGAGUGCUUGUGAUAGUCUCACUUUAUUAGCAGAAAAAAAUAGCGUCGGUAUACUCUCUGAUAAUAUUCGCACUAGCUGUUCACUAACUGAUGAUAUUUUAAUAGAUAUUGAAGAAUGGCUAGAAGAUCCAGCGAUAGGCUAUGAUAUGCUUUUGGAAGCUGAAGAUGAAGCUAAUGAAGAACUUGAUUCUGAUUCAGAUAUCGACAAAGAAGGCGAAGCUAUAGAAAGAAUAAAAGCAUUUUUAUUGACUUGGCAAGUCAAUGUAAAACUAAUUAGACUACUGUUAUCAUCAUUUACUAAAUCUAUAUCUGAUAAUUCUUCAAAACAGGUUAUUAAAUAUGAAGGUUCUGCAUUAGAUAAAUUACAAAAUCUACACGUCAAAACUAUUGAAUAUUUGGAUGAAUUAAUUGCAGAUGUAUUCAUGUCUGAUACAUCCUUUAACCCCGAAGAAAUGGAUGACGUGAUUGCACGGUUAAACGAAACUCUAAAGCAAAUGUUAAAAAUUAUAAAGAAAAUAAAUAAUACUGACGCUAUGAAGUCUAAAUGGGUUACUGUUUGGGAAAAUAAGUAUUUUGGGAAUACAAAUUGA